AGAGUUCAUCACUAAUACAGCUACGAAAUGAAUGAUCUGAUAUACGCCUCAUAAAAGCUUUUCUACUUUAGUAUUGUAGAAUGACGUGUCAUUUGCUUUUCUGCUUCAUCAUUAUCUCAUCAUCUCUUGGAUUCAUAAUUGCAUUGAGAGCUGAUGAGGUCUUCCUGGUGAGAGAGCAAAGGAAUGACACAACUGAGUUGAAAUGCCUCUUUAACAGCCCUCAUGACAAGUCUGUUGGAUUGGCGUGGGUACUUCCACCAGGCAUUACAUUCGAGGGAGAAAGUCACCAUAGGUGGAAGCACGGAUCAAGCAGUGGAUUUAUCAAAGGUCACUUUGAAUAUUUUGGAUUUGUGUGGCGGUCCACAUAUUCAACGCAAUAUAACGUCACUCAUCUACCACCAGUUUUGGACGAAGGAUGGAAUGAUUUCGAGCAAGUGGAGACGCCUUUGAACGGGACAUUUAAGGUUCUCAGCAACAAUUUGGAAUCUGAACGGAUUCAUGUGUCAAUGUUGAGCGAAAAUAAUUCUCAAAUAGCAAUUCACAAUGGCGACUCUGCGUACUUGCACUCAGCCUACUUAAUUACACUGAUACCCAACACGUAUCAAUAUGGAGGGAUAACCUUGGAAUUUUGUGUGAGUGGCAUCCAAAGGCAUAAUAAUAGGAGUUGUGUGCUUUUAGCACAUGCCACAUCUCCUGAUAUUGAGCGUCUACUGAGAGGAGGCCGAGAGUGGGCACAUUUGACAAUAACGCUGACUGGUCGGGUGUCUCAACGCAUUAUAGAAAUUCAAGACUCAAGAAACGGAAAUAUUCUCAUAAAACACCAAAGAUACGGUGUUCACGGGCUGCUGCAUUACAAAUCAAUUUCAGUGAGGACAACGAAUUCAAUUGGUUACUGGAAAUUACACAAUUAUCGAUUGGUUGUGCACAACGGAGUGGAUGAUGGCGAAGGAUUUAAUGUCAUGGAAGUCAGCAAACCCAUGAAUUCUUGUUUACAAGUACACUACUAUUUCCGCGGGGGCCUCGGAGAGGCGUUUGUUACGAACAAAAGGAAAGACUUCAAAUUGAUGUUGGAGCCUACAAACGGUGAAUGGAGGUAUUUAGUCAUAAGGGCGCCGUUGCAACCACCAUCUGAUUAUUUGCAUUUUGUUGCGCCAUUCGGACACCACUUGGAAGGAUUCGAGCCAUUAUUUGCACUACGCCAGCCAUUUAAAAUUUGUGGAGAUGAUGAGUUUUUCACAUCAAAUAUUUGGUUGCGAAACAACGUGAAUCUCACUAACACAAAGUGUCAAACCAUAUCAAAAGCUCCAAAUAAAACUGACGAAGAGCAAGUUGCGACUCUGCACGAAACUAUAUUUACCGGGCCGACUGAAAACAAUUGUUCUUUCAACAGAUUUGGGAAACAUUGUCAAAUCUUUUGCGGCCGAAUGCUGAAUUACAUGUGUCAGAGAAAGGUUUUAUGUGAUAACCGCCAAUGCACAUGCUUUCCUGGAUACAAGCCAACCGCAGAUUGGGAAACCACUUGUGCAGCCCGCGAUAUCCCUGAGGAAGUCCGAGUCUCAAUAGCAACAACAACAAAUGAGCCUGAGGAAUAUGACGAGGAAGAAGACGAGUCGGUCAAUAAAGAGGAUUCAGAGAAUUACCACGAUUGGGAAUAUAAGUGGCACAGGGAAGAAAAUAGCAGCGUGUGGAUUAUCCUUACUGGCAUUACUUCAUUGAUAGUUGCUAUAUUCGCGAUAUUCUGGCUUUGCAAAGAAAGGCCUGAACUUAUUCCAGUGUGGCUGUACUACUCUGUCAUGUGCACAACCCGAAAUAGGCGAAACCAGCAACAGCUCAUUACUGAAGACUAGGAAAAAUGCGAAAAAUGAUAUUAUGCCAAAAGCGAGAUAUAGAUCUGCUAUUUCAUGGGCUAAGAGUUGCAAAAGUUAAAGCGUGUUGAACUCUUUUUUUAUGUAUAAUAUGGCGUAAGAGGAAUAAAUAAAUAAAUAUGAAUCGCUUUUUGCGGUCAAAUUCUUUUUUAAAAUGUCCAAAAUGUAAAA